CUGAUAGCACACUGCAACAAAUUUGUUUUGAAACUAGGUUGGAAUCUCUCCGAGAAUCGGGAGAAAUGGAAACUAGGGAACUUCAGUAUUCCGUCUAUUCGCUGUGUCGCAUCUGCCUUAUCCAUCUGGAGCACGGUGUUAGCCAUAAUCUGUUCCUGGUUCCAGGCUUGGCCAAAAAACUGUGCGUGUGCACCUCCUUGUCGGUGGAGCAAGCAGAUGGCUUUCCCAAAAACCUGUGCACUGUCUGCUUCUCGAAGCUAAAUGACCUGCACGAUUUUCGGGAACUGUGUGCUGGCUCCAUAAGACGUUUCAAGGAAAUGGUGGCUGGUAAUAGAAUUAUGCCUAUGGGGGUUUUCGAGCCCGUUGCAGAAGAUUCCGUUGCAUUGAGCAGGCAGGAUGAGCAGGCCAGCUUUGAUCCACUGCAAAAUAAUAAGCUGGAAAUAAUUGACAACGAGGAGGAGGUGUUCAAAAUGCUGGAAACGGUGGACAGAGAACCACAGGAUCACGCUAUUUCUUCAAGCCAUGAUGGUUCUUCCACCGAAGAGGAGAAGGAGGAGAACAAGAAGCAGGCCGAAGAUUUUUCUAGUGAAGAUGAACAACCUUUAGCCAGGCGGAGAAGGAUGCCUAGCGAUGAGCGUCAAUUGAAUCGCUUAAUAACCUGUCCCAUCUGCCAGCAAAAAUUUAAAAAGCUAUCAAAGUACGAGGAACAUAUGAAGCAUCAUAAUGACCUGUUGCCUUUCCAGUGUGAGGAAGAAAGCUGCCGAAAAGGCUUCACAACUGCUGGGGCACUGCGUCUCCACGUAGACUAUGCGCACACAAAGAAGGCGGAUGAGAUUCCCUGCAGCGUGGAGGGCUGUAGAUUACUAUUUCCCCGUCUCCGCCUGUUGACCAUUCACUUAAAGAAGGUGCACAAUCAGGCGAGAGUGAGUGCUCCACGGGCUGAACAGCCUUGCAGGGAGUGCGGAAUGGUCUUUCGCUGCCCGGUGGCUUUGAAAAAGCACAUGUACAAGCACACAGGCGAAGAGCUUCCGUACCCCUGCAACAUCUGCGGCAAGGGCUUCCAUAUCAACAGUGCCUUGAAGAAUCAUCUUCUCCGGCAUGCUGGGAUUAAGAACUACGUGUGUCCGUACUGCGGAGUUGGGAAAACCACUCGCCAGGAAUGGACCAAGCAUUUGCUUACUCACACCCAGGAAAAGCAAUUCAAAUGCGACAUCUGCGACCAUGCCACCCAUACAAAGCGGGCUCUGGAUAGCCAUGUGAAGAUUGUACACGAAAAAAUCCGGAAUUUUGCAUGUCAGUACUGUGGUAAGACGUUUGGAAAAUCCCACGCCUGCAAAAUUCACGAGAUGACACACACUGGUGAAAAGCGAUGCGAGUGCAAGGUUUGCGGGAAGAAGUUCCUGUAUACGGAGAGUUUGACGAAACACCUGAAGAUUCACGAAAAGAGCGUGGAAAGGGCUUUGGAAACCUAUAGACAAAGGCAGGGAGAACCUGACGCCUUGGACUCCCAAGUAGACGCUGAUCAAUUGCUUAAAGUGUGUGCUGAAUCCGUAGCCACCAUUCCGAAGGAUCCCCGCCGCGUGGAACGAGUUGACCUUGCUCAACUAGCCGGAACCGUAGUAAAUCCCAUUCCCACAGUUCAGGUCCCGGCCAGCGAAGUUCCAACUCGGACGAAGUUCGUUCAAAAAGAGGGCAUGCACCUGUGCCCCGGAUGCAGCCAGGGAUUUAAUAACCUGGGAAACAUGAAGCGACAUUACAAGAGUGUCCACGAGAAAGUCAAGGACUUUGAAUGCCGCUUCUGCUCCCGACGUUUUGCCAACUCCCAAUCACUGAAGCAACACGAGUGGAUACACACUGGAGAAAAGCCCUAUGAGUGCAAACUUUGUGGGACACAUUUCCGCCAGGAAGCGGCUCUCAUCCGCCACCAAAAGGUUCAUGACGAGAAGCCGCCAAAGCCUCCCAGACCUGCCAAACAAAUAAGCGAACGAGCGCGUCAGAAGGCAAUGCAGAAAAGUGAAAGAAGACAAAAGGUCGAGGCUCUUCGGCAGGAAAUUGCAGAAGCCGCUAAAGAGGAGCUCAAGGACUUGGCAAUUCAACGGUCACUGGAGAAGCAGCAAAACACUUACGAACAGUAUCAGGCAGCGGCAACUGACCAGAAAAAUCCUGAAUAUAAGGAGGAACCUUGAUCAGACAUUAGCAUAGGAUUUUUAUAAGACUUCAAGAUUUCCAAAAUUAGUGGAAAUAUUAAUUGUUGGUUAAUAUUUAACUAUCACUUAAUUGUUACCAUAGUUUUAGGUAAUCAAAUAAACGAAUUCGAGACUCAACUUA